UCCCUCUCACUCCGUCUCUCUCUCUCACACUCACACACACAAACCGGCAGAGAGAGAAAGGAGAGGAGGAGGAGGAGAGGAGAAGCGGCGGAGGAGCUACGGUCACUUUCUCACAGGCUUCGGCCGAGCCUGUGUGGUCUCUCCCACGCUGUUGCUAGGGAAAUGGAUGGCUUGAAUGGAUCGGUGGUCCGGACGGAUCAGUCCUGCUCGCCCCCUCACCUUUACAGCCCGCAGUGUUUCAGCGCGACUUUACGGGGAUUGCUGCUAAAAACGUGACGCGUCGGCUUCAGCUCUGCACCAGCCGAGUCCAGUGGAGCUGCACCUGGAGAAGUGAGGUGAAGAGAGGCAGCCGGGGAGAGGGCUCGACAGUCUGGCCGGCGCCCCGGGUGGAUGCUGCCUUAAGAGAACAACGGCUGAGGCAGCAGCACCGAGUCAAAAAGGAGUAUGGCAUCCACUCGCAUGCAGAUAUUUGGAUUUGUCCUAGCAUUGCUGGGCAUCAUGGGUGCCAUGGUGGCCACCCUGCUGCCCAACUGGAAGGUCAGUGCAGAUGUGGGCCCCAACAUCAUCACAGCUAUUUCCCAGAUGCAGGGGCUGUGGAUGGACUGCACCUGGUACAGCACUGGCAUGUUCAGCUGCACGCUCAAAUAUUCCGUGCUUUCCCUUCCUGCGUACUUGCAGACUGCUCGCACCACCAUGGUGCUCUGCUGUGUGCUGGCUGCCAUGGGCCUCUGCCUUGCUUCUCUAGGACUGAAAUGUACUCGAUGGGGAGGCGGACGGCGCUCCAAGCGACAUGCCGCCAUUGCCAGUGGGGGCUGCUUCGUCACUGCUGGCUUUCUGUGUCUGGUGCCUGCUUCUUGGUUUACCAAGGAAGUCAUCACAAACUUCUUGGACUCCAGCGUGCCAGAGAGCAAUAAGUUUGAGCCUGGGGGUGCUGUGUACGUCGCCUUUGUAUCAGCAGGUUUCCUCUUUGUUGGGGGGUCCGUAUUCUGCAUGUCUUGCUCGGGGAAGAGGCACGGCCCUCAGGACCUGGUUCUGCUUCCUCCACCGGACAAACUGCUCCUCCAACAGCAGCAGCAACAGCUUCUCCAGCAGGAGCUCCAGCACCAGUACUGCUCCCUCUCCCCCUUAGACAACAAGACUGGCUACAGUCUGCAGGACUACGUGUAAUAAAAGUAGCAGCUACAGGGAGGCAUGCCUGAGGGGGAAAAUCAUCAUGGUUAAUGCUGUACAUCGGGCUGUGCUCCAAACUGAGGAGGAGAAGCAACGAGAGGAGGGCAACAAUUUUGAAUUCAUUUGUGUCUCCUUUUAGUCUGUUUUGAAAGCACAAGCUGUGGAGGUAAACCUUGAGCAGGAGCUUGGAAAGAAACAGAGCUGAUGUGUAAGGAGGCUGGAUUCAUGCUGCAGGAGUGAAGGACGCUCCCAGAUUCUUCAUCAGUAAAUCAAGAAAAAGCUCCCUGGGGAAUGGAUUACGCAAAAUAAAGAAGCCGAGAGUGUAGAUUUCACCCCCUCCUCACCAAAGCUUUGAAUAGAAAGAAAAUAAGCAAUCAUUUAGCUGCUAUUUACAAUCCUUCUUACCGAUACCCUCCUCCCUCCCCUUAUUUGAGUAAAUAGGCAAUAUAAAACCAGAGAACAGAAGGUAAAACCCCUUCCAUAGCAAGCCAUUUUAUUUAUUUAAUUUUAUACAUAUCUGCUAGAAUGCAACCUUGAAUCGAUUUAAAUUAAAAAGGUGAUAUUUUUGUUAGUUUCUAGAAGGAUGUUGAUAUUUUUGCCUCUAAAGCAUGCUGUGUGGAGCCUGUUUGUGUAUUGAUACACUGGAAUGCCUGGUAGAACGACUGAACCACACAAUGCUUGUGCCUGAAAACAAAGCUGUAGAAACAUUAACCCUGCUGGAAGUUUUCAAAGACGACUGUCAGGAGGAGACGACGCGGGGCGACGGGGCUGCGUUGAACGAACGAGACGUGCGCUUCGCACGGCAGGUGGAAAUAUGAGAGGAAGGGAGAGAAAUUUAGCAGGAAGCCUGUUCUGUGCUUUAGUAGAGUGGACACUUUCACAUCACCCAUCCAGACACAAUCCACUUGUGUGUAUAAGUUGCGGCGUUCCCAUUCAACAAUCCAUUGUGGACAUUUACACCCACACCACGCAUGCUUUUGUGUGCCAUUUCUGUGCACAAUAAACAUUCAGGGGCUUUUCAUGUGUGUUUUUCACUCCCGUCUACUGCCUCUUUACUGCCAUGGAGACAGAUUUCCCCUUUAAACAUCUUUAUUAUCAGCCAGUCGCAGGAGCUCUUUGAAAAGGGGCAUCCUUUCAUGCCUUUAACCCCACACCCCACCUUACAGAAGAAAUUCUUCCCUGCAACCAAUUUUGACCAUUCCCUCAUUAUUAAAACAGAAAUUCAAUGGUCAAGCAUCACAGGAGCAUAAUUGCAGAAGAAGAGAAUGAUAGGCUCCUAAGUGGAUAGCUGUGCGGCAGACGACUAAAAAAGCUUUGAGUCAUUCUCCAUAUGUGACUUGUUUUUUGAGUGCGUCAGCAGCAGUGCGCAUAUGUUACCAGUCUUCACCUGGAAAGCUCUGUUUUAUACUGCGUCCACUUCAUUAUCCUACUAACCCCACCAUUCCUUGGGUCCCAACCGGUGGCUCCUUUCCCCCUCCCUUUCCGACUCAUUCAUCCUGGCCUGUUUGUGUCAGCCGUCACAUGGAUGUGAUCCCUGACGAGAGAACGCUGAUGCAUGCUGAAAGCGUGUCCUCCUCAAACGCACAUCCACACCAGGCUCAAAUAAACACAACUCUUCUCGCUCGCCCACAUCUACCUACUCAUGUGACAGUUGGAGCACUACUUUCAUGGCUAUAUUACAAAGAAAGUCUACACUUCGACUCCCAGAGGAGGAAUAUUGAGUUUGUGCAUGAAGCAGGCAUGGAUGUAUAGAACUGCAGUCUCUCCUUUUCUCUCAUAAACAUGCAGCUUCCUGGGGGAGAGCAGAUGGCUGAGCCCAGUCUGCCACCUGCAGGCAGCUGCCAGAAACACCACAGGCGCCUCCGAGGGCACUGCUGGCAAACUUGGUAGCCCUGCAGAGCCAAAACUGGCACGACUCAGAGCUGGCCAGGCACCACUACUGAUAAAUGCAAUAAAACUAGUAAAGAAUGUGCCAUGUCAUCAGCUAAUACCGACACAUUAUGUGUUUGAGAAUGUGCCAAAUGGUUUCAUGAUGACAAAUUUUAAUAUUACCUGGAGUUUUUCUUUUGUCCUUUAUUUUUCUAUGAAUUUUACAUCUGAAAAAUGCUUUAUGGGUUUGGGAUUUCUUCUGCCAGAUUAGAUGCUUGUGUACAGUCCUUUGCAGCUUCCGAGGGUUAUUUCAAAUCCUCAUUACUCCUCAAAGCACAGCAGGACUCCAGAGUCUGAGCCCUAAAUAAAUACAUCGUCUCGUAAAAAGUAUUCAUACCCCUCCUAAAUAUAAUCAUAAACUUCUGUGUAAUUUAUUAGAACAAAAAACAAUGUGAGAUGUGAAGUUGAAAUAAAAUGAUUUAGGCUUUUCAAAUAGGUUGCUUAAAAUAUCUUAAAGGUUGUGCGAAUCUGUAUCUCAUAUUUUGAUACCCCUAAAUAAAAGCCAGAUAACCGUCUUCAGAUUUAGUCAUUAGAACCAAUGUGUGGUUUAAUCUCACUAUAAAUGCUGCUCUUCUGUGAGGUUUUUUGGAGAACGUUCGAAUCAAACAGAAUCAUUAAUACGAGGAAAAACACACAGGAAUAAAGUUGUUAAGGCUUUUAAAGCCGUGUCAGGUUAUACCCCAUGGAAUAACCAAAGCUUCAAAUACGUCAAAGAACACUGUUCACACCAUCAUGUCAAAAUGAAAAGCAUUUGAAACAACUGCAAGCGUGCCAAGAAUUAGGACACAUAUGCCUGAUCCUCAAAGGUUACAAAUAAGAGCUGCUAAAUUGCACAUGGAGUUGUUUUUAGUACAUGCAAUAAGCAGCCAUGUGGCAGGUGAUCUACAAAGAUUGCUGCAUAUUUAAUAAAUGCAAACCGUUUUGGUUGAUUAAAAUAAGCAGAUUGCAUGUUCUACUUUCAGAUCGGCUAUAAAAGAAAGAUGAGGUUCAAAGCCAUGGAGAUGGAGAUAAUAAUGAUAAAUAUUUACAAUAAUGAUGAAACUAUAUAAUAUUUAUAGUGCACGUCGUUUUUUAUAAACAUAGCCCAACAUUAAUUUCUGACGGCCUGUGUAGAUGUUCCUUCUUUAUUAAUAUUAUUCUAUUGUUGUUAUUACAUGUACUGAGGAUAUCUUUUCAUCCUCUGGCCUCCUUUGUAGCAACCACGACUGCAGAUAUUUUUGCCUGUCAGUUGGCACUUGACUUACUAAUAAUGUGGCAAAAACUGCAGUUGCAGUUGAGUUCCCAAUUUGGAAAAUGACCUUGCAUGUGACCUAAUGUUAAAUGUUUACAUUUCUAUAUCCUCCACCCAUUAAUUUGCAGUUUGGUCAUUAUAAUAUGAUCUGCAAAUCAAUGACGGCACACGGCAAAUUAAAUUUGCAGAUGCUGUCUGCUUCUUUGUAUAUUUGCACUGUUGGUGCAAACAUGUUUGCAACUGUUUUAAGACACGCAAACCCUCUGAAGAUCAGGCCCAAAGACACUUAGUCCAACCAGCUGGGGAAGGAAAGCAUUCGAGCUGCACAGUUAUGAAACAUCGCUGCAAUAUCAUUAUGCACAAUAUAACAAUUGAAUGGAUGCAAUAAUUUAGUUUUGAUAUGGGCUGCGUAUUGAUUUGUUUUCAAUUCAAGAUUUAAUAUCAAUUAUUUUCAUGCAAUCCAUGAAAAGACAUCCAUAAAAACACAUUUUUAGCUGUUAGCAGAAUUACAGGACUGUUAAGUUAUGCAAAAUAUUGAUUCUAGUUUUAUAUUUUUGUUUAGCAGCAAAUAAAAGUAAUGAUAGUUAACGGCGGCCAUAAGGACAGAGGAAAACAUUUUUAGAAAAAGGAUCUUUGUUUAAAUAAAUUAAUAUGAGUUUGAAAAUCCUUUUUUUUUUUUUUUUUUUUAGACACAGCUCUUAUUAUAAUCAAUAUUUUUUUAAAUAAUAUUUACCAAUAGCUGCCCAUAACUUCUUCUGUUUUCCUACCAAGCAUUAAUUUAAAAAGCAGCCAUCAGGUUCAUGGUAAUGGAGGAGCUGUAGAAAUCCACAGCUCAGCUGGGAAAAUCUGAAAAUGUUAGUCAUGCGUUCAAUAAAGCCAUUCUAAGGUUGUUCAGCAGUUGUAAC